UGAUAAUAUUCCACUAAUAAAAUGUCUAAGAAAGCCAAAGGCAAGAAAGGAAAGGGCAAGAAAAAGAAGGGCGGCGGUCUCGGUGACCCAACCCCUGAAGAGCUCAGCUGGAUCCUCCAGACCGAAAAAGAGUCUCUCCAGAAGAAACUCAUCGAUGAGCAGCACAGAGCCAACACUGAGAAAGCAGCCGAGAACGAAGUCAAGAGCAAAGUGAUGAAGAUAGAGAAGGACUUUGAAGAAGAAGUCGAGAGGACGGCUGACAUAAUCUCCGACAUGACCAGGCAGUAUAAGUCUAAGGAAGAGGAUCUGCUCAAUAAAAUAUGAAAUUUUGAAGAACGAGUCACAAAGUUAAAAGAGACAACAGAAGAACGAAAGAUUACUAUUGAUACGUUGAAGAAGGAGAAGGAAGAUAAGCUAGAUGAGAAGAAUAAACUGAUCAAAGAAUUGAAAGAUAACAUUGAUUCCAUGAGCAGUCAAUUUGCUGAGAUGCUUAAGGAGACUCUCAACAAAAUGAAGACCAGAAUUGAGAACGCUAAUAAGCAAUGGGAGGAGGAGAAUGAGACCAAUAUUAUACAGAGAUUCGAUGAGCAUAUGAAGAUGAAGUAA